AUGUUUAGCGCAAAGUUUGCAAUGUUUUUAUUUCAGUCCACGAACAGGAAUCUCACAGAAAUAGAUGCCAGCAUGUUCAUAGACGAUAUAUUCGAAAGCAUCAUACAGUGGUGUGUUGACACUAUUUUGGGUAUCGCUCAGCAAAUUAUUGACUUUAUUGUGGACAAAUUACACCAGCUGUGUGCAAAAAUUAAAACGAUUUUCGCAAAACUGCCGCAGCAGUCUAAGUACAGGUGCACAAAUGAAAAUGCGGUUAUCAAAGAAGCGACUGAUGCUGCUAUAAAACAGGGAAGCAAGGCUGCAUGUGAAGCUUUCAAUAACAGCAUCAGAGGGAAGCUGCCCGAGGAAAAAGAGAGAGCUUUACGUAUGAAAGUGAAUGAAAUUCCAAGCCAGAUAGCUGGAGCUGCCUAGUAAUAUAUCCGUCGUACUGCACAAGACUACAUUUUCAUACUCUACCCUCAAAUAAUCUGAAUGUUUGCUGUGUUAAUAACCCUAUGUAAUGACAUAAAAACUGGUAACAGAUAGUGCAAAAGUCACAUUGCUCAUACAAAGCAAAUAACAAAUUUUCAAAAUGUUCUCAAAGAACUUACUUUUAGCAAUUAAAAUGUGAAUGAUUUCGUAGGUUAACUCGUGUUUUACCCAAAACAUUAACUCAGAUAUUAUGUAUAUAUAAUCCAAAUUUAUUAUACGAAUUUCCAGCUGAUUUCGGUGCGUGGUCUGUUAGUUCGAAAAUAUGAUCUGAUAACUGACUGAUGAUAUAGACAUAUGUGAUUUUAAUUAGUUUUUUUUGUAUCUUAAUACAUGAACAUACUUGUAUUUAAACAAUCCAGUUUUUACAUAGUUCUUACUGUGUAUUGUAGCUACCCUGUCAAAUUAAUCAUAUGUUCAAAAGUAGAAUUAGACUUAUGUCACCUAUUUAAACGUGAUUUUCCACAUUUUUUCAUUGAUUUACCUACAUUGUCAAUUGUUUAAAUGCAAAUAUUAUAUUAACUGUACAAUGUAAUAAUGUAAUAUGUCAGCAUACUUAUGCGGAUUUAAUCUGAAUCUUCUUCGGACCCCAAACUUCACUAUCUCUAAUGAAUGUAUUAAAUAUCACUUCAUGUAGAAAAAAACAUGCGUUGCAGUAAUAACAAGUGAAUGAAAAAUUGCCAAUCCCCUACUGGAGGGCACCUAAUUUUCUCUACUGUAGAAAUAAAAUAAUGAACUGAUAUCUGUCAAUAAUCUAUAAACAAUAUUGUACUAUAUAUACAAUAUGUUUUAGCAAAACACUUGGAUUAAAAUUUGUA